AUGGACGCUGGAUCGUCCGCGCCGAGUAGGCCACUGCCGAAGACCUCGAGAUUACCUGUCUUGACGACCAAAUCCUCUCAGAUACCUGUCUCGAGGCAACAUGACCAGGUGCCGCCGCCAAAGGAGCCUGCUCCAAGACCUACACUAGAGAAGCGACAGUCUAUAGCGACUCUGCCGCGAUCCACCGCUUCGAUUUUGAAGGCUACAGUCGCCUCAUCAAAACCGUCUAUUGGCAAGCCUGGCGCGUCCACCACCUCGAGGCAGGCUCAGAGGACAUCCGCCACCACUCGAGCUCCGACUGUGAGACCGUCGUCCCGUGGCAACCAGCAACGGUUACCUCCUCGCCCACCCAGAGACCAGUCAGUCGAUGGCAACGAGGAGAAUGCGGACCAGCUCAGCUCUCUCGACAGCUUCCGCUCGGCAUCGCGUCAAGGCUGGAAUGAUGAAUCGCCCAUUGAGCAGCAGGAAGCUCUCGCAUUCGAUGGCGUCGCUACAGCUCCAAAAUCAAGGAAAGCUUCCAGACCGUCUCUCAGUGAUCGGACAAUGGAAAGUCUGCAGAAUCUGCCGGUCACGCCAAAGGAGAGACGCCAGUCAGACUUCUUCUCCCCGAGCGGCAACAUGGGUCCGCCUCCUCGUCCGAGCUCAAGCAUGAGUCGGAAUGUCAGCCGCAACGGCAGCAGGCCCGGAACCAGCGACGGGAGUCUCGGCGCACCACCACCCCUUGAAGCCUCAAUGACAAAGAGAGCUCUGUCGAGUGCGAAGCCGGCAACUCGGCGGUCACUCGGCGGCUUUGGUUUCACACCAGGCAGAAGUAUCAGCACUUCAUCGUCCUUUGGCAAGCCUCCAGCUAGCAGCGCUACUGCGGCAGUCUCACGCCGAUCACCGUCGCCUUCGAAGCCACCCAUGCCCACGCCAGGAGCUACACCGAGCAAAGGAUUGAAACUACCUUCAAAGAGUAAAACAGUCGCAGCCAGGCCAUCGAAGCCGAAGCCAUCGCUCCAAGAUGCUUUCGCUCCACUUGCCACAGCUGGCGCUGAAGCCGACAAAGUGCCCACGAAGCCAAAACCGAAACUGCAGGGCACUCUGUCAGAAAGUCAGGGAAGUGCCUCGCCAAAAGCAGCCACGGCUACUGCAUCGUCGAACGCACUACGCCAGCAAAUCGCGGCGGCCAAAGCAGCUGCUCGGAAGGAGAAAGCUAAAGCAGACGCUGCGAAUGGAAUUCUCGCGACUAAUAGUAGUGUGGACUCAGCGAUUGAUAUGCACUAUGACCCUUUCAACCAGGCUCCCAGAGAUGAGAAGCACAUCAUCAGGAAUCGUAUCAACGCUGCUCGCAUGGACGGCCGGCUCAACAUCGCAGCGAUGGGUCUCAAGCAGAUCCCAGACGAGGUCAUGAAAAUGUAUGACUCGGCAGCCAUGGAAGCUAGCAACGUCAGCUGGGCUGAGGUGGUCGACCUUACCAGGCUGAUGGCUGCCGAUAACGACUUCGACGACCUCGGCGAGGACAUAUUUCCAGACAAGUCUGCCGAAGACUUCGAGGCAGAUGACCAGACCUCGGGCAACCAGUUUGGCGGAUUGGAGUCCCUAGACCUGCAUGGCAAUAAAAUCCGCGCCGCUCCUUUAGGAUUGAGAAGGCUUGAGAGGCUGACUUCGCUCAACCUGUCACACAACAAGCUUGAAAAUGAUGCGCUUGAUGUUAUAUCGCAGAUCAGCUCACUGAAGGAUCUCAAGCUAGGGCACAACAACCUCUCCGGCAACCUUCCAACGGCACUGUGCUCACUCAAACAUCUCGAGACUCUCGAUGUCCAGUCGAACCGUCUACUCGGAUUGCCGGAAGCUUUGCGAGAGCUUGUUAGCCUCAGAGUGCUGAACGUCUGCGGCAAUCAACUGACCGCCUUACCGAUCGAAGCGCUUUACGAUCUUCCGCUGGUCGACCUCGACGCCAGCAACAAUGCUUUGAUAGCCUCGCUGUUCCCGCCUGGAGCGAACAGUUCUCACACCACGAUACGAUCUCUCAAGGUUGCGAACAACUCCCUGGCAGCACUGACAUUCGCGGAGGCUCUAGACCUGCCGAGCUUGCGCAGUCUGGAUGUCACGAACAAUCAUCUCACUGGCCUACCCGAUAUGUCUGGCUGGACGGAGCUUAUCACGCUCAUGGCUGGCGACAACAAGGUCACUGAGCUGCCAUCAGGCUUCACGAAGUUGGGCAAGCUGAAGAACGUCAACUUCACUAGCAAUGAGCUUCGACUCCUUGACCCAGAGAUUGCGAGGAUGCCAAGCCUUGAGUCUCUGGUGUUGGCUUCGAACCCACUACGAGAGAGGAGAUUCCUCAACAUAAGCACCGCGGACCUCAAGCGGGAUCUCAGGGCCCGCAUCGAGCCAGAGGUCAUCGAAGAUGCUGAAGGCGGUGAGCAAGAUGAUUUCCAAGACGCACGAGACUCUUUCUCAUCCUCCGUAUCGUCUCCAAAACAAACAUGGGCCCUCCAAGCCAACGGAAAACUCGAAAUCAGCAGCAAAGGCUACACCGACAGCAUCAACGACAACCUCGGCUCGUUCCUCCAGGAGCGAGAUGUCAAACAGCUCUACAUCGGCAGCAACAAACUCACAGCCAUUCCACCAGCCCUCUGGCUCGGUCACGACCUCAAGACGCUCGACCUCUCCGGCAACACCUUCAGCUCCGACUACCUCUACGAUGAACUUUGCCUCCCCAACCUCCAGGAACUGAACAUGACGCGCUGCAACCUCGUCACUUUUGAGCCAUUGAUGACGCACCUGCAAGCGGAGAAGCUGCAAACAUUGAAUGUCGCUAUCAAUCGGCUUACCAACGCCGUGCCCAACCUGCGCCACACCUACCCGGCUCUGGCAACGCUCAUCGCGCAGGACAACAAAUUCACCUCUGUGACAGCGGAUACACUGCGCGGUUUGCAGAUCGUGAAUCUCUCCGGCAACGACAUCGAACAGCUCCCUGCUGAGAUUGGCCUGCUGUGGAAUGAAGGCUUGCGGAGUCUGGAAGUUGGGAGGAACGCCUUCAGAGUGCCGAACCAUAGGAUUUUGGACAAGGGCACGGAGGCGACGAUGAAGUAUCUACGGGACCGGCUGCCGGAGGGGCAGAGGGAAUGA